AUGCAGGAAGGUGUUUAUUACAGCACAAUUGAAGAGGACAGGAUGCUGACAGCAGAAGAACUGGACAAAGAGCGGAAAAGAAACAGAGUUUACGAAUAUCUCUGCAGAUUGCAGGAGGCCCGAGAGUGGAUGGAAAAGAUCAUACAGGAAAAGAUACCUGAUGAGUUUGAGAACGCUCUGAAGGACGGCGUGUACUUAGCAAGGCUGGUGCAGCUGUUCAGCCCUGAGCUAGUGAGCAAGGUGUUUGUAGACCCUGUGCUCCAGUAUAGACACACCGACAAUAUAAACAAGUUUUUCGAGUUUGCGAAGUCAAUAGGGCUCCCUGUUGUGUUUCUAUUCGACUUGGUGGAUCUGUACGAAGGCAAGAACAUUCCGAAGGUUAUCUACUGCAUACACGCGCUAGGCCACUAUUUAUCAAAAAAAAAUAUAGCCAUAAAACUUGGGAACUUGGUGGGAAGAGCUAUUUUCACAGAGGACCAGAUAUCAAAAAAAGAGAAGGAAAUCGAAGAGUCGGGAGUCAAUCUGCCCAGCUUCAGCAACAUAUCCGGAGCCAUUGAGAGAACCACCGGUGGGAAGAGCAAGAUCGGAGAUAUGAGCAAUAAAGAUGCGAGCGAGUAUGGAGAGACAGCCCAAAGCCCCAUGGAAAUAUCUUUGUCCAUUAAUGAAGACGCUUUAACUGACGGAGAAAUGAAUACGUCUAUGAGCAGCAACAUCCACGACAUCCUAACAGACGAUAUCUCAGAUGCAGCUGCUGAAGCAGUGCAGGUAGUGCAGGCGUACAUGCGCUCUUUGCUGGGACUGAAAGUAAUCAAAGAGCUGCAGGAAGCAGGGCAUAAGGAGGUUUCUAUCUUCUCACUGCGCAGAAUUCUUUUCAUGCUCUCUGGAGUUGAAGAAAAAGAAGAAGCAGUGGUCGAUGAGUUCAAUAAAAUACUUGUCCAGCUGUUCACCGAAAAUGCAGAGCUUGAAAAAAAAGUGUCCGCUGUGGAGAACAGAAUAUCGCUUCUCAUCAGAAACAAAAUGCAGUCCGGCAAAAAUAGCUCUAAUACGAAACAAAGACAGAAAGGAUCGUACAUGAAGUACAAAUCGCUGCAGAAGCUAUUUGCAAAAGUGCAGGACGACCCCAGCAUCCUUUCGCAGGUGAUAGUCAGCAUGCGGCAGAGAGAGGCAGAGUCAUUCUGCACGAACAAAAUACUUGGGCUCUUUGGAGGCGCAAAGACGCCCCGCGAAGAGUACGCGUAUCUCCGAGUGGUUGAAGCGCUGGUCCAUGCACAGACACCAGACAACACUGCAAACAGCUUUAUUUCAGGUAACAGCAAUACUGCCAAAUCAGGCAAUCAAACUGCCAAAUCAGGAAAUAUUACUAGCAACAAUAAUAAUAACAGAACACUCGGCGGGCUGGCCCUGCGCUCUUUCCUUAUUGCCCAGGGAAUGACAGAUAUCCAGCUGCGCAUCAGACAGAUGAUCAGCCAGGAGAACAAGAGCGCGCGCGAGAUAGUAGCAUACAUCAUCGACGAAGCAGGAAACAUGCCACACGCCCUCAGGUUCUACGCGAGAUUCCUUGUCAUGGCUCUCAACGGACAGCACAAAGAAAGAGAAAGCCACAAGGAAACAGUUGCCACAGAGCUAUUCCUUGCCAUGUGGGAGAUACUCUUUAUGCCCAUCAUUGUGUCCCCUGAGACAUUCGGCAUAAAAAGUGAUUUAUCCUGCAACAGAGCGCACUUAAUAGAAGUAUGCCACCAGGUAGCACAGAUCGUAAGAACAGAAGAAAUUCGGAAAGACAGCAAUGAAAAUAGCAGCAGCAGCGAAAGCAUCGAUAUACUUCGCAUUCUCCGUGUGGCUAGCUCUGAAUCUAUCUCUGAAUACUACACAAUGAAGUACAUUGCUACAAGACCCAUCAACAACAUGCUCUGUCUCUCUGGCGAAGAAGUAAACUAUCUGCUGGGAACUUUGCUCAGCUCCUCUGCCUCUCCUGAAGCCGUUAGGAAAAUGGCAGAAGAGUGCCAUCCUUUCCCUUUCAAGCUGGUGUUCCUUGUCCCCGGCGGCAUAUCCCCGUAUAUCCAGGAAAAUGCUGGAAUAAUUGAAAAAAGGCUGUGCAAAUGGUCAAUUAUUCGAUUGCUGUCCCAUACGACAGGAAAAAACAUCCACGAUGCUCUGCAGAAUAAAUCGUACGAGUUUGGGAGGGGUGCGUACGCCCUGGACAGCGCUAAGUCCAUUGAGCAGUGCAAGGACAGGAUAAGAAAGUACAGUGCACGGCUCUUUGACCUGGGCAUAGUCAAAAAUACAGCAGACUGCAGUGAAAUUCUCACAAUGGCUGCGCAGGACAUGCUGAACAGAGUAAGAAGCAGCCAAGCAAGAAAAAGAGAAAUAAAGGCAACAGAAAAGGCAAUUAACUCUCUGGAAAAGGCGAGAGAGGUGAUUGAAGCACGGCAGAUCGAAUGCCAGGAGUACCUGGCAGAAAUUGGCUCAAAAAUAAUGGAAAAUGGGAAAGAGUUCAAAUACCCUGCUAAGUCUUUGCUUCUCGAUGGAGUAGUUUUGAGAAUGUACAACUGGCAGCCCUCGCAGCUCGAUAGCAUCGACAUUGCGAUUAAAAGGGGUGCAUACGGAAAGAUAGUAGUCACAGUUUUGCUCAUUGGCAUACAGUCAGCGAGUGAAGUUCUUCCAUUCGAUGAGCUGCUGCUGAGAGAGAGCGAAGGAGAAAGUGAGAUGGUCCUGGAGACAGUUGGAGCAGUGUUUUCUAUUCCCAAGCUUAUUUGCCUCAUAAAUAAGAAGUUCCACAUUUAG